AUGGUUAGUACGACAUCCAGCGUCGUGUUUUAUCCAUUUGCAGCUACAUUUCCACCACUUUAUACGACUGCAUUGGCUACGGGAGAAGGACUGAGUGGAUCAUUAGCGGCUUUACUAGGUAUUAUACAGGAUCCUGGAGAUACUCGGAGAUUCUCCGUCUCGGUCUUUUAUCUUUUAUGUGCUGCUAUCACGUGUGGAUCAUUAGUAGCAUUUGCAUUCUUGCACGUACAUCCAUGGGCUCAAGCAGUGCAGAUGUUGCAAAGUACCGAUAACGACCAGGAGACUGAUAAACAACAAGCAGAGGAAAACACGUUGCUUACGUGGAGCUGCUCGUGCGGUAACUGUUCUGGUCAUAUAAACACCACUACCAUGUCAAUCGUAAUACCAACUUCGUCACCAAGCUCUAGCAUAAUGUCCAGGACUGCAGUGUUGCAACAGGUGUGGCCAUUACUAGCAUGUCAGUGGGUGUUGGCAGCUUUCUCGUUCGGAUGGCUACCCUCGACUAUGCCAUAUGUGUACAAGAAGUUUGCGCCAAUGGACGAUGAUGCACAGGCAGCGACAGCACGUUUUCAGACUUCUGCUAGUAUCGCAGCUCUCAUCCUCUCUCCACUUGCCAGUGCAGCCACGACGUGGGUGCGCUUGUAUUAUGUUCGCAGUAUGACACUCGCUUUGGUGUUGUUGGCGUCGCUUUUGCUGUCGUUCUCGCUUGUUUCCAAGCCGGUGCUCAGUGACCACAGACACGGAUAUUUAUUGCCGCUUCUUGUUCAUACCUUCUACCUGAUUGGUUGUGCGUACACGCAAACGAUGCUGUACCUUACUCUGAAACGCACUGCAGAAAUGAAGCACUCGACAGCUUUUGCCCGGCAAGUAUACCAAUGGAACGGCUUAGCUACACAACUAGGUGCCAUGUCAGGGACAGCUAUCACAUUUCCUCUCGUCUUUUGGUGUGAAAAUUUGUUUACUGCGUAG